AUGAUUUCUCACAAGACUUUCAGAAUCAAACAAUUCCUGAUGAAGAAGCAAAAGCAGAAUCAUUCCAUUCCUCAAUGGAUACAGAUGAAGACUGGGUAUAAAAUUAAGUACAACUCAAAGAGGAGACACUGGAGGAGGACCAAGCAAGGACUGUAA